GGCUCUGUCCAUCAAAUACGACAUGAAUGUUGUUCAGUAUGAGCUAAAAAAGGAGGUUCUGGAAAAAUGUCUACAGUGCCUGAUGGCAAGAAAUUGGUCCGAAGCCCAAGUGGACUUCGAAUGGUCCCGGAGAAUGGAGCGUUUAACAGCCCUUUUUCGUUAGAUGAACCCCAGUGGGUCCCGGACAAAGAGUGCCCAAGCUGUAUGCAGUGUGACAAAAAAUAUGACUUCCUUACAAGAAAGCACCACUGUCGGCGGUGUGGCCGGUGUUUCUGUGAUAAGUGCUGCAGUAAGAAGGUGGCUCUGCCCAGGAUGUGCUUCGUCGACCCAGUCCGGCAGUGUGGUGAGUGCAGCCUGGUCUCCCAGAAGGAAAUGGAGUUCUACGACAAACAGCUCAAAGUGCUUAUGGGAGGUGGUUCUUUUAUUGUCACUUUGGGCACCUCAAAGACGUCUGAGACCAUGAUGUGUCGUCUGUCCAACAACCACAGGUAUCUUUUCUUUGAUGGGGAGAGCCAUUUUGAGGUGGAACUGUCUCGGAUCUCCAGUAUGCAGGUGUUGACGGAGGAGUCCACUCCUGAAGAGAAUGACAUUCACACUUACACAAGUCUGCUGGACAGUCAGUAUAUCUCUGAAGGGGGAAACUCCAGGGCCAGUGGCAUGUUGCUCCACUACAAACCCACUGGCUCUCAGGACCCUCAGCAGUUACGCAUGGAGGCAGCAGACGACAAGAAGACUGCCUCCUCAUGGCUGGCUGCCAUGCACAAGGCUGCCAAACUGCUGUAUGAAGCUCGGGACCGGUGACUCAUUGCUAAGAUGCCCAGAGCCUGAGAGUGAUGGCACAGACCAAGUGUUUUUCUUUCCUUACCCUUCCGUCUCACAUUCUCUAAAUGCUGACAGUGCAUUUAAGUAACAAUCCAUUGAACUAUUUGGCCAACCACCAUCUAAUGCUGCUAUUCUUAAUGUUAUCAUAGACAUAAGCCAUUUGGCAUAACCAUUUCCCUUCACGUAACGCUUUUAAGGUCAUUUUUUUAAUGUGAUCUGUGUCAUAGUUCAAGUUAAGUUUCUUUGUUCAUGCGGUCUAUACUCUACUUUCAGUGCUGGCAGAUUUGGAUCCUUACCCCUUCCUUAGGGAUCCACAGAUUAGUCACCGAUUCUAGUGGUAUAUACACA